GUGGGUAUUGAGACACCGCUGAGCCCUUUCGCUCCUCACCCUAACGAAGUUAGCGCCAGUAAUGCUUCUGGCGCAGUCAACAACGUCGAACUACGUUCGGGCACUACUUAUCCGCCCAUCGAGGGCACUUCUGGCGACGCUAGCACUUCUCGCUGUUCUUCCGCAACUGCUUCGCCACAUCGUUCAGCACCACCACCUCCACGGCCUCCUCCACCACAUCCUUCCGUUGCUUCGCCAACGGUGUGUCCUCCCCCACCGACGAUGCACCCUCCUCCUCCACCCACAUGCCCGCCACCGCCAAAACCGCGGCCAAGUCGGCCACCUCCACCAGCACCUGGAUGGAAGUCCCUCAUGUUAGUAUUACAGAAACGACGGGAGCCGAUGAAAUAUGCGGGUGGCGACAGCGAGCAUUACGACACUGUAGAAUGUCAAUCCUCUGUAACAAAACCAAAAAGUCACGAUAUUGACUUCAUAGAGAAUCCAAUCUACAUGUCGUUAUGUGCAUUGAGAAAAAAGUUGUCACUGAAGAAGAAGAAAGAGUCUGAGAUGGUUGUCGAAGGAAAUAGUGUGUCAAAGGAAUCAUCUCCAUGUGUGGUUGAAACGAAGCCGUGCUGUUUACCCAGUGAGGAAAGCGGGAGUAAUGGUAUGGAGGAGGACAUCAGUCAGUCGUCAGAACUAUCGCUUGCAGCAGAUGUACCGCAUUCUCAUCUGGAGAAGAAUCUCCCCGUUCCUAAUGUGCCUUCCUCGUCAUGUACGAGUUGCUCUGAAGACAAAUAUGCUCCGUCCCCUCGCAGGACUACUACACCGAGUGUCGACAGCAUAUCGACGCCUAUUCUGAUAGAUCAGUUCGACAAGGUGGUAGAAAUCGCAGAAAUUCCGGAGAUCGCUGAUGACACCAUUGAACUUGUUGCGUCGGAUAACGAAAGUCAUGCGGGAAGAGAAGAGUUUAACAAGACGACGGUGGCCUUCUUCGGUGAUGUAUUGCUCCAUGUCGGGAAGAAAGAGCGUAAAAAAGUGCAUGCCCGUUUGAGAACCAUGAGGAUUAGUUUCCACGAUGACGACACGACGGAUGUUUGUCUUGCCGGUCCAUUCUCCCUCCUUGGAUGUGAAUUGAUCUAUCGGGAAGAAAACACUAUCACUAUAAGGCUCAAUGAGAAGGAAGCAACUAAGUCCGUGGUAUUUACUGCAGAGAAUGACGCAGAUAAUUGGAUGUUGUUGCUUGGCGAGUGCUGGCUGUCAGAAUACGAAUUGCUGCGAUCAAGCAUGCAGGAAGUCGACGUCUGCGGAACUUUUUGGCUUCGUCAAGGGGCAACGAGUGAAUGGAUGUAUGCAGCGGCAGGGCUAAACGGCAGGACAAUGUUCUAUGUGCUUCUUGACUCAGCUGACUAUAUAUACGAAUUGGAUGUCCGAAAGAUAUUGAUGUUGCGGGAGCGUGUCGACAAAACAGAUUGGUGCCCAAAAUGCAAGAAAAAAGACCAGAAAGGACCGUUUUUGAUCUCGCUCGAAGGAUGCGCUCUCUACUUGGAAUGUUGUGACGAUUUGUGUACAAUGAAAUGGUAUACGGCUAUUCAAGACGCACUCGCUCUGACACCAACAGUUCUCGAAGAUUUCCGGCUAACCGCAGAUAACAUACCCAUUCUGGUUGACAAAUGCAUACGUUUUGUUGCUGCGUAUGGUAUCCGCUCUGAAGGCAUUUAUAGGAGGAAUGGAAAGAUUUCGGAAGCGAAAGACAUAUACAAGCGGCUCAUGGAAGACCCAGUCAAAACACACAUUGCUUCAUCUGGAGAGGAGACUGCUUAUGCGGUUGCCGACGUACUACGUCAGUUUUUCCGUCGGCUGAAGUCACCACUCUUUCCGCCAACGCUUCACAAGCAAAUCUUCAACUUAGUCGCGGCACGUGGAAAGGCGGACAAUGCUAUUCGUUAUCAAGAAUAUCGUUGUGUGCUUCAACAAAUGCCGUCGGUUCAUUAUCAUACAUUGAGAAAACUGAUUGCCCAUCUCAGCGAAGUUGUAAAAUACCAGGACGUGAACAAAGCAAGUGUGGAGAACGUGGCUAAGGUGUUUGGGCCGUCAUUAUUCGAAAUAAAUGAUGAUGAGAGCAAAUGUUAUGAAGAUACAGCUGGACAAAUUGGAGCAAUCAUUGACUUGAUAAAUGGAUAUGACGUCAUUUUCGAGGUGACAAGUCGUGAAGAAAUCUGUCGGGCUAUGGUCGAACAGGCGCAAAUUAGCAAAGCAACAAAUCCAACAAUUGCGCGAGCAGAUGGGCUAUUAGUUCCAAUUCAUGUGUGGGAACGGGAGAAUAGGCCGUUCAAUGUAAAAAUAGAUCUUGCUGCUGAGGAAGUGUGUCGCAAAGCUGUUGCUCGCAGAGGAUUUGAUGCACCGCAGGAUGGAAACUAUGCAAUUUUCGAGGUCAUUCUCUCGGGAACAUUGUCGCGGCGACUGCAGCCCUUCGAAAAGCUCUCCGUAUCUGUGCUCGAUCACUGGUUACCUUGGCAGUGUACCGAUGGAUAUCUUCUGUUUGAUCACGACAAUUGGCCUUAUGAUUGCAAUGAAAUUGAAUUCUACUCUGGUAAGGUGAAAAUAGCGGAGCCUGGAUCAAAGACAUUUCAUUCAUAUGAGGUCGGCGUAGAAGGUGGUGUUAAGAUUACUGCUCACAAGCACGAUAAGUUGUGGAAAGAAUGGAUCGUAGCGGACUGCGUUUUUUAUUCUGGAUGUAGCCCAAACAGAAAGGCGCCUUAUGCACAUAAUGUGACUAUACUUGACAAACAAACGGCAUCUUUAACAGAUAAGCUGGUUGGAUACUGUAUUUCUUUCCGCCUAAUGCCUGAGAGGACUCGUUUCCUGAAUAUGAUUCAGUAUAUUGAGACUGGUGGGCAACCGCCUCCUCUUGUACAUUUGUAA